UCUGGCAACCCUUGUGCAAUACCACGUUUUCUUUUACGAAUUGUUUUGAAAAGAGUAGCAUCGCCAAAAAUAAUUCUUCAAUAAAAGAUCAGAAUGUCGGCUACAACCAAAUCUCCCAAAACGAAAUCGAAGAAUAAACCUUUGAUUCUGUCAAAUAAGAAAAACAUCUCAUCAAAACAGUCCAAAACUCGGAAUGAACAGAACGAUAAGGGCAUCAUCUAUGUGAAACAUCUUCCAAACGGAUUUUAUGAGAAGCAAUUAAAAACGUUCUUCUCUCAAUUUGGGGAUGUGACACAAGUGUAUGUAGCACGUUCGAAGAAAACACUGCGAAGCCGCGGCUACGCGUAUGUUGAAUUUCUGUAUCGUGAAGUAGCUCAAAUCGCGGCCGAAACAAUGAACAACUAUCUGAUGUUUGGAAAGAUUCUUAAAACCGGAAUACUGCCAGCUGGUGCGAAGAAGUUCCCACAGACAUACAAAAAAGUAGUGGAUUCGAACGGUAAAGAGACUACCACAUAUAAACUGCACCUGAAACGACUGGUGUCCAGAAGUAAUGGACGUGUUACACCGGCCAGAAUCGCGAAUCGGAAUAGUCGAUCGAGAUCCAAGCUGAAUAACUUGAAACAGAAAUAUGCUGAAUUAGGAAUAGAAUAUGAUGUUGAUAGCAUUAUGCAAAAGAGUGAAUAAAUCUUCUGUUUCUUUUAA